UCUGUUUCGGUGUGUGUUCUCAGUACGACGUUCGAUUGCGUUUGUUCCGUUCCAGUCGUGUUCGUUGUGUCUCGGUCGUUUCGGUAUAGUGUUUCUGCUGCAGUAGUUUUUUUUUUUUAAAUUAUUACGGUUCCAAAGCGGAGAUAGCAUAGACUAGCGACUAACGACGACGAGAAGCUAGGCGAAGUUUUCACUGCAAUCACUUUGGGUGCGUUUUUUGAACCCUCGCACGAAACCGCAACCAGAAGCAUAUUUGACAUCGUUUUUUUUUUGGAAGUUUGGAAUGUCUACUGGUUGUGAAUCGGUUGCUCGGUAAUCUCGACUGAGGAGAACUCUUUCAUCUGUCGCCUCGUAACGAUUUCGGUGCUGUGUUUACUGCGGUAGUCGGGUAGUACAUGAACAUCACUAGAAAGUGCAAGUUGUCAAAAAUAUGUGCGUUUGUGAACUUGUGCGGCUAUUUAUAAAAUCUGAUUAGACAUUACGACAGUCGACAGCCCCGAGGUGGGAUACAGUUUUUCUCUAGAUUGGAGAUUGUGAAACCACCAGCAAGCGAGUGUAGAAAACGGCGAAACUUAAAGAAGAAACCGAGGUUGAUAUUAUUCUUUUUUCUUGUUUUUUCAUCAUUCCCUUUAUCUUUCCGUGUGUGCGUUUUAGUCCGUGUAUACUUCACGGUCGGAGUGUUCGAAAAAGUGAAUUGUUCGUUGAGAAAAAGAAAAAUAAAUAUCGUGCAUACGAAUAAGCGAAAUCGCAUCGGUUUUGUGCGAUUAAUGAUCGGCAGCAAAUAGCGAGUGAUAAGAAGAGCAGAAAAAACACGUGCAGGAAGAAAACGUAAAAGGGAAAAGUGCAUACAACAAGUACCACACCAUCACCAAACCAAACCGCGGACCAGCUAGUGGAAGCAGAAAUCCAAUAAAAUAUCGGCGUGAUUUGGGGAAGCUGCGAGAAAGCGAGUUGAAGUGUGCUUUCCUACACUCGCGCCGUGGUGAGUGGUAUAUGUGUGCCUGCUGCUGCUAACCGGAGGCAGUGUGGGGUCGUCGGUGGAAUUCUUGGCAUAAGGAUUUCUGCCUGUUCGACCGGCCGGUCGUCUGUCUGUGUCUCUGACUGCCUGUCUGCCUGCCGGCUUGCCUGAACCGUCUCGGCUGGUGCUGAUCCUAUCCUAACAUCGUCUGGUGGGGCAAAAGUGUCCGUGCAACAUACGGCAGCAUGGAAGCGGUGGCCAAGCACGAUUUUAAUGCCACGGCCGACGAUGAGCUGAGUUUCCGGAAGAACCAGGUUUUAAAGAUUCUUAAUAUGGAAGACGACAUGAAUUGGUAUCGAGCCGAGCUAGAUGGGAAAGAAGGUCUGAUACCUAGCAACUAUAUAGAAAUGAAAAAUCACGAUUGGUACUACGGUCGCAUCACCCGAGCAGACGCCGAGAAACUCCUGUCCAACAAACACGAGGGUGCAUUCCUGAUACGGAUCAGCGAGUCCAGUCCGGGCGAUUUCAGUCUUUCGGUCAAGUGUUCCGACGGGGUGCAACACUUCAAGGUGCUCCGCGACGCACAGGGCAAAUUCUUCCUCUGGGUGGUCAAAUUCAGCUCACUGAACGAACUCGUCGACUACCACCGGACCGCCAGCGUAUCCCGCUCACAGGAGGUCAAACUGCGUGACAUGGUGCCGGAGGAGAUGCUGGUGCAGGCCCUAUACGACUUUGUCGCGCAAGAAUCCGGCGAGUUGGACUUCCGACGAGGGGACGUCAUCACCGUCACAGACCGCUCCGAUGAGCACUGGUGGAACGGCGAGAUCGGCAACCGGAAAGGACUAUUCCCAGCAAUAUACGUAGCACCCUACCAUUCAUAAGAUCUAAGUAUAUUAUUAUUUUUUGCUAUAUAUAAUAUUAUAUAUUUUUAAUGUUUAACUGAAACACAAAAACAAAAUGGUGAAAAAAAACUAACACUAAAAGAAACAAUCAACGGCAGAGGUGGUAAUCGCACACGCUCUCGUUCCGGGACGGGGCGGAAAGCUAAUGUGACGUUUGCGUUUGCGAUAUACCACUGGAAUCCUGCCGGAUGCCAAUAUAACAUGCGAUGCGGCGAGCGGAACGAUUUAUAGAGACGCGUACGUACGAGGUAACGUCGAAAGGACGCAGUAAGAAUGAUGUAAAUUGUCGUAUAUAAGCAAAACGAGAAAUUUCCGCCAGCAGGCAAAAAUCACCGUUUUUGGCUGUUGGCGAAAAAAUACUCCUAAACAUAAAUACGCGGAAUCAAAAGAAAUCAAAUUCAGGUGUUAAAUGUUUAGAUUGGAUAAUCUUCCACACAAGUUUUAGAUGAAAACGAGAUACACCCCAGAGACAAAAAAUAACACCAGAGGAAAAACAAACAUACCCAUUAGCAUAACUGAGAUAAUCGAAAAAACUAUUGUGGAAUACAAUAACGAAAAAAGUAACUAAUGUUUAUAGUUUUUCUUGUUUUUUUUUGUUGUAUAAACUCACUUUUGGAGCAUUUCUAUAUCCUCGUUCUCGUUUUUUGUAAUUAUUUUAUGUAGACGCGGUUAGGUUUUUCUAUUGAGUAUAAGCACCGUGUAGAAAACAAAGUUUGACUAAUUUCUUCUCGCAGAAAAGCGUAGUUUUGUCAUUAUGUGUAAUAGCUCGUAAGUGUAACCAGUCACACAAAAUAAAGGGAAAAAGUAGACUUUCAACUGACCAUCUUCGUUUUCCAAUUCGCGUUACAAAAAUCUUAUUUUACAAUCCUGCAUUUGCAUCAAAAG